GUGAGUGUGUGAGUGUGUGUGUGUGAGUGAGUGAGUGCAUGUGCAUGUUGAUCCUAGUCUGUGUUUGUUUGACAUGAAAGAGUGAAAUCAGCUUCAGGCCGUUUGUUAACUUUAACUCCUCCUCGUUCCAAAGGUCUGAAAACAAGAAGAUCACAGGAGGAGAAGAAGGAGAGGAAGGAGAGGAAGGAGAGGAAGGAGACCAUGGGAGCACAGGACAAGGAGAAGAAGAGUGAGGAGGAAGAGGAGGAAGAGGAGGCCGCUCCUCCUGCAGCCGGGAAGAAACAGAAAAGCUCAAAGGAAGUUUAUUUCUCGGUUCUGCCGGAUCGAUACGAGCCGCUGAUCGAGGAGGAAGAGGAGGAGACGGCAGAGGAGAGGAGGAGGAGGAAGGAGGAGAAGAAGAGGAGGAAGAAGAGAAAGUACAAGAAGUACAGGAAGAACGUCGGAAGGACAAUCCGCUUCACGCUGCGAUGUCUCGUGCUCGGAUUACAGAACAUGGCGUCCGUCUACGUGUCGCCGGUCUCCGCGGCAACCGCCGUGGUGACGGAGGUAAACCAGAGAAUGUGAACACUCGUUAAUCCCGUCACGAGAAGAUAAUCUGAGGAGGACGACGUGGAGUUAAUGUUUGAUGACAUCAUUGUGUAAAUACUUUGUUUUGAUUAAAUCUGAAUGAACUUUAA